AUGCUGCGUCGUCUGACCUCCAGGCUGCCGGUCAGAAGAUGGGAUGGGACUGUAGAAAAACAGUCACGGAGAGACAGAAGUCAGACCACUUCACCAUGUCUUAUCCAUAGACUUGACCACAUUGUGAUGACAGUAAAGAGCAUCAAAGAUACCACCACGUUUUAUUCCAAGAUCCUGGGCAUGGAGGUCACGACUUUCAAGGGUAACCGGAAAGCAUUAUGUUUUGGAGACCAGAAAUUUAACCUUCAUGAGGUGGGAAAGGAAUUUGAACCCAAAGCUGCUCACCCAGUUCCUGGCUCCCUGGACAUAUGUCUGAUCACAAAGAUGCCUUUGGAGGAAAUGAUCCAGUACCUCAAGGCUUGUAAUCUCCCCAUUGAGGAGGGUCCAGUGCUCAGGACGGGGGCAAAAGGACCUAUUAUGUCCAUCUACUUCCGAGAUCCCGACAGAAAUCUGAUUGAGGUGUCCAACUACAUCUCCUCGUGA